AUGUCGUCUUCAGACGUUUCUGAUGUUGAUUGUCGAGAUCAAGUUCUUGAUUUCCAGUUUAAACCUAGGAAAACUCUCAAAUCACGGUCUGAGAGUGAAUGGGUGGAUUACGAAACAGACGAAGAAGUGGAAGAAAUAUCUUCAAAUUUCAGAACAAAUCUUGCUGUAAGCACGUGGUGUAAGUGUGGAAAUUGUACAUUAAAGCCCACAGAACUUGAACUCGAAUCCUUCGAUUCAUACGAGUUGAGUGAAUCUGGGUGCAUAAUAUCCUACGUAAAUUUCGCACCUAUUAUACUGCUAAAAGAAAAUCUUUGGACGGCUUUGGUUGUGAUGCAUGAUCGCGAAAGUUCUUAUCUACCUCCAAAACACAAUGUCCCUAACAAGGCUUACAGAUACGCAGCUUAUCGGCAGUUUACAUGGUGGGUUCAUGUCCGUCUUGGUAAGUCGGUAAGAAGAGUUAUUCCGUCAGGUGUCGUUAGUAAGAUACGGGACACAUUUCCUGCACCUGAUAACAUCUACACUGGCUUUAAAGAUGGGAGAUGGGUGGACGAAAAUGAAUUGUCUUGGGGGCCACAAUGUUCACAGGAUGGAAUACAAUAA